GUGACUAUCAAAUAGCAAUGUGAAUUGAGUGCUAGAAGAAAGAUUGACAAACUAUCAUGAAAUCUAGUAAGAGGAUCAAUCAAAGUGAAAAUCAAGUGAUGCGUGUGAAUCGAAUGAGUCAAGUAAAUGGUGAGGAUCCAUAGGAUCAAAUGAGUUGUGAAUGUAGAGUGUCUAUGAAUCAUAGAUAUGUGUCCAAUGUAUGUGUCAUAGUUAUGAAUCAUACCCACAAUAUGAGUGAUAUCCUACUAGUACAGUCAGCACCACAUCAGUGCCAGCAGGAGGUACCAUCCAUCAGAGCAACUAGGAACAUUCAUUACCCCAUAUUUGUGCCCUGUCCAACCUAGUAGUGCCUCCUCUUUUUGUUCACAGCAGCAGGUUCUUAAAUAUUAUUGAGAUUUUUUAAAUUUUCACUGRUGCCCUCCUCGUUCUUGUUGUUCUUCUACUAGUAGUAGUACUAGUAGUCACAAUAAUCUGGUGGUGGUGGUUUGAGUGGAAAUAUGCAAAAUAUUUGAAACAGUGAUGGAUCCAACAGAAACAGUGACUGCUAUUUGAGAAUGUUGUACUAUUACUACUACUACUAGUAUUGCAACUGCUACUACUAGUAGUAGCAGAAGCACGAGAAAGGUAGUAGAUUCUGUUUCAGACAAAAACUAUCGUACGGAAUAUAUGACAACAAGCGAGAGAACACGUCUCAUACUUUGGAGUCAACAUUGUUUUCUGCGAUGUUGAAAUUAAUCAUGGAUUCCGUUUGAAGAAUUUUUUAUAUUUCAGUUGUAUUUUAGGAUGGAAUCCAAAAUUGAAUCACGUAUCACGACAAGAUUCCGGAUCUUUGGACUGCCAUCGUCGUCGGGUGGACAGUCGUCACACGAUGAAAAUUCACGAGGACAACGGAGAAAAACAUCGACAACAACGUCCUUGACUGGGCGCUUGGUAGAAGUACAGUAAUGUGAAAUAGAAUCGCGAAGACCGAACUCCCCGCUCUUUUCUUCGAACUUCGUCUUGCACCAAACCGUUCACAACUGCAAAAGAAAGAAUUCUCAGACAGCAACAACCAUGGCCGAAUCCAAACCCAAACUAGUCCUUGCCUACUCCGGUGGUCUCGACACCUCUGUCAUUCUAAAGUGGUUGUGCGAGAAGGGAUUUGAUGUCAUCGCCUUCUGCGCCAACGUCGGACAAUUCGAGGAAGAUUUUUCCGCCGUCGAAGCCAAGGCACUCGCUGUCGGUGCCAGCAAGUGCGUCAUCACCGACUUGCGAAAGGAAUUCGUAACCGAUUAUGUCUUUGACUGCAUCAAAUCGAAUGCCAUCUACGAAGGUCGAUACCUUCUCGGUACCUCGAUCGCCCGACCCUGCAUCUCCAAGGAAAUGAUCCGAAUCGCCAACGAAGAAGGCGCUACGUACAUUGCCCACGGAGCCACCGGAAAGGGAAACGAUCAGGUCCGUUUCGAGAUGUGUGCCCAAGCUCUUUCCCCUACCAUCAAAUGCAUUGCCCCAUGGCGCGAUGCCGAAUUCAUCGAAUCCUUCAAGGGACGAAAGGAUUUGUUGGCCUACUGCGAAAAACACUCCAUCCCCGUCGAUGCCAAGCCCAAGUCGAACUACUCGAUCGACGAGAAUCUUUUCCACACCUCCUACGAAUCUGGAUGUCUCGAGGACGCCGCGUGUGGUCCCGAAGAAUCCAUGUUCAAGAUGACCGUUUCGCCACAAGCCGCCCCCGAGACCGGGGAAAUCGUUGUCAUUGAAUUCGACAAGGGAAUCCCGGUCAAGAUCACCAACAAGUCGGACGGAACCGUCAAGACCGAUCCCCUCGAUAUUUUCUUGUACUGCAACAUGAUCGCCGGAAAGCACGGAAUUGGCCGCAUCGACAUUGUYGAAAACCGAUUCGUCGGAAUCAAGUCUCGUGGGGUUUACGAGACUCCCGGAGGCACCCUGCUUCGAGCGGCGCACAUGGACUUGGAAGGCAUUUGCAUGGACCGCGAGGUCAAGCGCAUCACCGAGGGCAUGUCGAACGAAUUCGCCCGAUUGUGCUACAACGGAUUCUGGUUCGCGCCAGAGAUGGAAUUGAUCCGCCACUCGCUCGACUACAGCCAGCGCGACGUCGUCGGAGAGGUCGAGAUCGAGCUCUACAAGGGCAACUGCACCAUCAAGGGACGAACCAGCCCAAACGCCUUGUACAACGCCGAUCUUGCCUCUAUGGACAUCGAGGGUGGAGGUGACGCCUUUGAUUACAACCCCGCCGAUGCCCAGGGAUUCAUCCGCAUCAAUGCCGUCCGUCUCAAGACCUACGCCGCCCUCCGAGCAAAGGAUUCUGCUUAGAAAAUGUAAUCUAUACAAAAGGACAACGAGUUUAAGCAUUUGUGACAUCGUUCCGCCUUCGUUUCGCCGUUGUAAUUUCUGUAGUAUUGAGUAGAACCAUGGUCGCUCACAAAAAAGAAAGAAACGAGGACCAACUUUGAAAAACCUGUUUCUCUUGCAGUUGAUGCCAAAAAAGGGUACAUUACGUU